UUGUGUGCACUGGCUCUUUAAGAGAAUCAGGAAGUGAGUGUCCUGGCCAUGUUGCGCAGAGAUGAUGAUGUAAUGUGAUUCAGACCACGGAGACGGCAUGUUGUUCUGUUCUGUAGCUGUGUUAGAGUUCAUAAAGGCAUUCCCUUUUCACACCUGCCAUAUAAAAACGGGUCCAACUCAUCCUGAUGUCUGCGACUUCUUGUGUGGGGGUGUUUAACUAACUGGAAAGUGAAAAGGUUUCAUGAAGCCAGUACAGUGAAAAGGGACACCUUUCGAUGAACUGCUGAACCCCAGGCUGCACUGUCAUACGCUGUUUUCAGACCAGCACGACAGACGUUGUUAAGUCAGCGUAAAGGCAUAGUGAGUACAUCAACACGAACAAUGGAGAACGCUGAAUCUAUGGUUUCCCGGGCAAGCAGACCGUCCGGAAGCAGAUCGUCUGCCGCAAGUCUAACGUUAGCAGCUGCCACAGCACGUGCAAAAGCAGAAGCUGCCCAGGCCAGAGCUGCAUUUGCAAAGAAAGAAAUAGAAAUUAAACCAGAAAAAGCUAGAUUGGAAGCAACACUCCAUGCACUGGAGAAGGAAGGUGAAGCACAAGCUGCCGCCGCCGAAGCAACAGUGAUGGAGGACGCUGCUGCAAGAUUGGAAACGACAGUGGAACAUGUUAUUCAUCUGCCCUCAAUCCAAAGCGCCCAUGAGCGGACAGCUGAAUACAUAAGAAAACACAAUGAGCCCAGCAUUGAGCCCAGUGAUAAAGAGCCACGUGAAAUAAACACAAAGGACAUUAAACUAGAUGAAGGGAUGAACAAAGUAAAAAAUUAAGGAAUCAGAUAGGCAACAGGAAUCUGUACCCACAGUCUCAAAAGACUAUCAGCCCCAAAGACCCCCAGAAAACAGUGCCCAUAAUAUUCCUAUGUAUACAACGCCCUCUACUGUCCGCAACCAGUAUUAUUCACCUGCUCAAUAUCAUUCUAAUGACACUAAUGAACUUGCUAAAUAUCUAGUAAGGAGCCAGUUGUUAACGUCUGAGCUCACAAAGUUUGAUGACAAACCAGAAAAUUAUUUAGCUUGGAAAUCAUCAUUCAUUAACGCUACCGAGAGUCUUGAUCUUAAAGCUGGGGAAGAAAUUGACCUCCUGAUUAAAUCACUGGGCCCAGAGUCAGUUAAACAUGCACGUCGUAUCAGAGCAGUGAAUAUAAAUAAAUCACCAGCUGCAUUACAACUAAUCUGGGACAGGCUAGAAGAGACCUAUGGUUCGCCAGAGGCCAUAGAGGGCGCUCUUUUUGCAAAACUUGACCAGUUCCCCAAAAUAGGGCCAAAAGAUCACCUAAAACUAAGAGAGCUAAGCGAUUUACUGUUGGAAAUCAAUUCAGCAAUGCAAGAAGGAUAUUUACAGGGACUGUCCUAUCUUGACACGGCAAGAGGCAUUGCUCCAAUCGUGGAAAAAUUGCCGUAUGGACUACAAGACAGAUGGAUGAUGGAAGGCUCACGCUACAAACAGGAAUAUAAAGUAAUGUUUCCUCCUUUUACCUUCUUUCUGCAGUUUAUUCAGACACAAGCAAAGGCACGCAACGACCCAAGCUUCCAUAUCCAGCCAUCAUUCAUCAGCGGAGUAAAAAAGGACAGAUUUGGAGAAAAUUACAGUAACAACCGCAGAACAGUUUCAGUGCAUAAAACAAGCGUAACAGCCACACCCACUAAUGAACCAGACAAAUGGUGUCCUGUACAUAACAAACCUCAUGCACUACAACAUUGUAGAGGUUUUAAGGAAAAACCUCUACAAGUAAGGAAGAGACUGUUAAAGCAACAUAAUAUAUGUUACAAGUGCUGUGCAUCUACCAGACAUGUGGCUCGUAACUGUGAAGCAGCAGUUAAAUGUUCUGAAUGUGACUCUGACAAGCACCCUUCUGCCUUGCAUCCAGACUCACCUUCCCUUCCUCUCAGGUCUUCCUUACCUCCAGCAUAUCACGGCGGGGAGCAAGAAGAUGGGCAGGAGGAAACAGUCGUUGCAAGUUGCACUGAGGACAAGGACGUGCUGUCAUUCCUGGAGGAGGCCACACUGAUGGACCCCAGAAGGUUUAGAUACAGACUGGAGGAGGAUGUCGUCAAACAUAUCUGUGUGUCCAAGCUAGUUCCACGCCAAGUGAACGUGUUUUUUCCACCGUUGGCGACACGAUUAGCGAAGAGCGGGUCAGACUUGACCCUGAAAAAGCAGGCAUGCUAAUUUUUUGGAAGAAGAAUUGUUGUUUGAUGACUGUAGUGUUCUUAGUGUCAUAUUGUGUGUAGUUAGUAUGUUCCAAUAGCAGCAGAAGUGCACUUUUUGGAGAGCUGUAUUAUUUUCAGUUUUGUGCCCAAGGGACUGAUUUUAUUUAACACUAUACACCUAUAGUGAUCACAGAGACAGGUUGUUUUUGUGUUACUGUAUAUAUUUGUUUUUCUGAAAAAUCCCACUUAAACAGUCAAUAUUCUUUAUUUGUUUAUUUUUAGGAGGGUAACAGUCAAUAUUUAUUUAUUUAUUUUAUUUUAUUUUUUCUUAUAAAAUAAAAGUGAGCUUUUGUUAAACCAAGUAUUGUGUGUUUUUUUCCAUAUACAACAACCUAUCUGGAUUCGAUAAGAGAAUCGAUAAGGAA